UAAUAAUUAAGAUGCCUGGUAAAAAGCAUGAAGUUUAUAUCAAGAAGGAAAUCCUAGGAAAGGGGUCCUUCGGAAGAGCAAUCCUAGUCGAAUGUCAAAGCGAUGAGUCCCUCGCUGUCAUCAAACAGAUCGAUCUCAAUGAUAUGUCCAAGGAAGAGGAAGCAGAAGCCCUCUUCGAAGCUAAAAUUAUGGAGCCUCUCUGCCAUCAAAACAUUAUCGGGUUCAAAGAAGUCUACAAGACUAAGUCAAAAUAAGCUCUGUAUCGUUAUGGAAUACGCAGAUGGAGGGGACCUCAGCAAGAUAGUAAAAGAAGCAGCCGCGAAUAAAUAAGUAUCUAAAUGAGAGCAUGAUCAUUGAUUAUUUUACCCAAAUAUGUCUAGCCAUAAAGCAUCUUCAUGAUAGGAAGAUCCUACACAGAGAUCUUAAGAGCCAAAAUAUCUUCCUCACAAAGGAUGGAAUAGUCAAGCUGGGUGAUUUUGGAAUUGCUAAAGUGCUCUCUCAUACCAAAGAGAAUCUUCAAACUAUCGUGGGAACGCCAUACUAUCUUUCCCCAGAGAUUGUAGAGAAUAAGCCUUAUAACUAUAAAUCAGAUAUUUGGUCACUUGGAGUACUCUUGUAUGAGAUGCUGUGUCUCGAGCCCCCAUUCAAUGGAACCUCUCUGACCAUGCUAGCUAUGAGAAUCGUUAAAGGAAACUAUAAAGCUAUUCCAAAGCGAUAUUCUACCAAAAUUGGCACCUUAGUGAAAGCAAUACUAAACCCAGAUUCAGAGAAGAGGCCCUCAGUAAAUAAGAUUCUAAAAAUGGACAUCAUCUCUAACAGAGCGAGAGAGCUCCUUGACGAAGAGAAAUACAUCCAAGAAUUUAGUCACACCGUGCUACACAACAUGAAUAUCUUCCAGCAAGUCCAUCAAACUGAUGAGGAGCCUAAUGAGGAAAGUCCGUCUAAUAAGCCAGCUAAAAAAUCGGGAUUCGAGGUCAAAGCGCAAAUAGAAAUGAAGCCCAAGGGUCUGAAGAAAAAAAAUUCAAGAGCCGAACCUAAAGCAGAACCGAACAAGGAGGAGGAUGUCCUGGGAGCAAUCUCGGAUGUCAUCGGUGACUUAAAGGACAAAAACAUCCUUGCAACAACUGGGUUCAUGAAACCUGUCAAAAAGGCUCAAUCAAAGCCUAAAGUAGUCAAAAAGCCAUGGGAAGAGGCCAAGUUGAAGCCAAAGCCGAAGUCUAAGACAGCCAAAGUCACCAGCCAGUGGGAAAUCCGUGAAGAACUUGCUAAAAAGAAACGAGAAAGUAUCUAUGCUGAAGUCCGAAGGAAAAGAGAAAAAGAACAAGAGCGCCUUAAAGUAAUUGAACAACAAAAAGAAGAGGAGAAACAACAAAAAGAGAAAGAUCGUUCAGACAGAGCCCGCAUAAGAGAAGAGAAUAGAAAAUAAGAUGAAAGAAGACCUCAAAAAGAAGAGACAAGCAAUUAAGAACAAGAGCAAAGAUUCCAUGGACUUCGAGUUUGUAGGCCCGACUUAUGGUGAACCCGAAGAGUCUGAAGAGCCAAGUAUCAUACAUGCCAAAGAUUCUAAGGCGAUGUACAAAGCUAUGCCUGUUAGUCCUGAGGAUGAGUACCAAGAAGUUGAGUUUGUCCACAACCAGAUCACCAGUUACCAAAACAACCUUAUGGAUUUCUUAGAAACUGAAAAUGUAAGCGAUGAAGAAGCUGAAAUGGCAACACCAGCCUUCAGAUUCGUUCCUACCCCAUCUGAAGACAGAGAUAAUGUCUACAACAAUGGUUUAGAUGAAUCAGAGGACCUUGAUUCUCCGAAGAAAGUUUCAAAUUUAAAAACUAGAUAAAGAGUACAUUCUAUUUAAACCG